AUGGAACCCAAGACACAGCUGCAUAAACACUUGGAAGGGACUCCAGUUGACGCCAUGGAGUACAGGCGCAUUGUUGGUUGUCUGAGAUAUUUGCUACAGAUACGGCCUGACCUAUUAUAUUCUGUCGGAAUGGCGAGCAGAUACAUGGAGAGGCCUACAAUCAUACAUCACAAGGGACCUCAGGAAAUUGAUAUAUUUGGCUACUCGGACAAUGAUCUAGCCGGCGAUCUAGAUGGGAGGAAAAGUACAAGUGGAAUGACUUUCUAUUUUAAUAAAAGUUUGGUGUUCUGGAAUUCACAGAGGCAGAAGAUAGUGUCACUUUCAUCUGGUGAGGCAGAGUUCAUGGCAACCACAACUGCAGCCUGUCAUGCUUUAUGA